AUGGACGUUGCACGCGCAGCAUGGUUCGACAGCGCCGUUAACCAGCAAAAGACCGAAUUGUUCAACAAGGAGGACAAAUGGGCAGCAGUGGGGAUGAGGCAGGACUAUGCCAAGGAACUGGCAGAUCUCGAGCGUGAAGAGGCCGAGGCGAAGGCGGCGGCGGAGGCUGCCGCCGCGGACGCCACCCAAGAGGGGGAGGAGGAGUGGGUCGGGGGAAGGGAAACCGUGGAUCCCUCCACGCUGUCGCAGUGGGAGCGGGACAACAGGAUGACGAACCAAAUCGGUGCCAACAUGUGGCGCACCUGUAAUCCCGCGUACGACGCAAGGUCCAUGAACACGACGAGCGUGACCAAAGCGGAGUUCACGUACGACCCGGAGGAGAUAGAGCCCGUCGACAAAACCCACUUCCGACGCAGAGAUAAAUUCACGUUUUAUGUGGAGGCUGCGGCGAAGAGCCACAACCUGGCCAAGGCGAGUGCGAAGGAGGCUGCUGCUGAAUGA